AUGCCCAAGAUUAUCUCCCUCAUCCUAGCAUUCGCUCUAUCGCCCUUGCUAGUCGCAUGUACCCAGAGCGUCCUGUCCCUGGACAAGACAACACCUAACCAGCCCACGGUCGGCUUCGCCCUAACUGUAGAUCACGUCGUCGCAUCUGUUCGUUGGAACAAUGUCUCAACAGAAGACUUGGUAGAGCUAAAAGCGUCCGAAGAUCUCAAGGACCUAUUCGAUGACUGGCCCCGACAAGAGAAGCGAACCACGCGGAAAGAAAAAGGUCUCCCAGCAUCACCAGAAGUAGCAGUCAUCGCGAAGGUCCUCGAAGAGGUUGUUGAGGUAGUUAAGACGUAUGUAGACUCACCAAUUUCGGCCCUGAUUAGCUUUCCCGCACUGCCAGGCCUCUAUCAGGAAGACAUCAGGGACGCAGCGGACUAUGUCGGCCUCGCGAAGUUGGGUCCGUGGCUAGAGGCAUCACAUCCGCACGAGGACGUCGCCGCAUACGCAGGAAACGGUCUAGGUCUCUGUAAGGAGUACCACAACGAAGAGAAAUGCCGUGAAGAGGGGAAGAAUUUCACGUCUCGCCAUACGCUACUGGUCGAACACACCGAAUCCGCGCUUCUUCUACACCAUAACAUCCUUCGCGAACCGAUCGAGACAUCGUACCUAUAUAUGGAUCUUGCAACCUCAUUCGACUUAGGCAGUGCUCAUGAGCCCGACGAACUGGACAUACAAGAUUUUGUCCUAAGUUUCUUGUACCACCAGUAUUACUACCCGACGCCUCAUCUUCCCGACUCAAUUACUGUGAUGAUGACGGGUAGUCCCGAAAGUCUCAGCGAUGGGAAAGCUCGAAGGGUUACGAAACGUGUCAUCGAGGCGCUAGGCGCAAAAGCUGUAAUGGUAGAAGAGAACCCUAGCUUCAAAGCUGCAAGAGGCGCAGCUGAGCUGGCAUGGUGA